AGCCGGGCAGCGGGCGCAGCAGCCGCCGGGCAGCCCGCAGCGCAGAUCAGCGCAGCAGUGCAGAGACUCCGGAGCGCCCCGCCAGCCCUUGCCCCGCCGCCCGCCUGCUAGCCGGCCCCGGCCCGGCCCGGCCGGCUCCGCCCCGCCCGCCGCGCCGCCCCUUGCCCUGCCCUGCCCUGCCCUGCCCUGCCCUGCCCUCCUCUGCCUCCCUGCCCGGCCCCGGCCCCGGCCCCGGCCCGGCCCCGGCUCUGGCUCCCGGACUCCGACUUGGAGCCCGCGGGCUGCCCACCUGCAGCCCCGACGGGAGGGUCCCAGCACGGCCGCUGCCCGGGCCGGGGGCCGGCUGCACGAUGAGUCCGCGCUCCUGCCUGCGCUCCCUGCGCCUCCUGGUCUUCGCUGUCUUCUCGGCCGCCGCCAGCAACUGGCUGUACCUGGCCAAACUGUCCUCAGUGGGCAGUAUCUCUGAUGAGGAGACCUGUGAGAAGCUCAAAGGGCUGAUCCAGAGGCAGGUCCAAAUGUGCAAGAGGAACCUGGAAGUGAUGGACUCGGUGCGGCGCGGGGCACAACUUGCCAUUGAGGAGUGUCAGUACCAGUUUCGAAACCGACGAUGGAACUGCUCGACUCUGGACAGCCUGCCGGUCUUUGGCAAGGUGGUGACGCAAGGAACCCGAGAAGCAGCCUUCGUCUACGCCAUCUCCUCCGCAGGAGUAGCCUUUGCUGUCACUCAGGCCUGCAGCAGCGGAGAGCUGGACAAGUGUGGCUGCGACCGAACUGUGCACGGGGUCAGCCCAGAGGGCUUCCAAUGGUCAGGCUGUUCGGACAAUAUUGCCUAUGGUGUGGCCUUCUCCCAGUCCUUCGUGGAUGUCCGAGAGAGAAGCAAAGGGGCCUCCUCCAGCCGGGCUCUCAUGAACUUACAUAACAACGAGGCUGGAAGAAAGGCCAUCCUGAACCACAUGCGGGUGGAAUGCAAAUGCCACGGGGUGUCAGGCUCCUGCGAGGUGAAGACCUGCUGGAAGGCCAUGCCCCCCUUCCGCAAGGUGGGCCACGUCCUCAAGGAGAAGUUCGACGGGGCCACGGAAGUGGAGCAGCGGCGGGUGGGAUCCUCCAAGGCCCUCGUGCCCAGGAACUCGCAGUUCAAGCCCCACACGGACGAGGACCUGGUGUACCUGGAGCCAAGCCCGGAUUUCUGCGAGCACGACGCCCGCAGCGGCGUGCUGGGCACGUGGGGCCGCCAGUGCAACAAGACAUCCAAGGCCAUCGACGGCUGUGAACUGCUGUGCUGUGGCCGGGGCUUCCACACCUCCGAGGUGGAGGUCGUGGAGCGCUGCAGCUGCAAAUUCCACUGGUGUUGUUUCGUCAAAUGCCGCCACUGCCACCGGCUGGUGGAGACACACACUUGCCGGUGAUGGGCUCUCCAGGCCGCCCCCAGGGACAGAGAGAUGGCAAAUAGAGGGAGAAAAAAUAAUUUAAAAGCCACAACUUCUCCCCCAAAUCCCCCCCAAAAAAGAUGCUGGUUGUAUUUUUGUUAAUGUCUUCAUAGUAUUUAUUACAGAGGUCAGAGGCCCAGGCGCAGGGCCUCUCACCAACUGAUCUAAAGGACAUCUAGCCCCCCACCCACCCCAGCAAGCCUCCUUGAGCUAGUGUUUUUGGUGACUAUUGUAGAGACUUUCAGGGAGAAACAUCAAAAAGCCACGGUGGCCAAGCGCACCCUCUCCUUGGGAGCAGGAUGAAUGAAUGCUCCCGACCCCCUCAGGAGGCCACUCUCAGAAAACAGUGGUGCUCACUCCCCUCCCUCCUGGCUCAGAGGCCUCUGGAGGGGCCCCCUUGGGUCAAGAUGGCCCAGAGAGCUAGGAACCUCUUGGCUGAGCAGUUGGAGUGUGGAAUAACGGAUAAACACCCUGAAAUGACAGUAUUCCAGGGCUGGAAGAUACCUUAGAGAUCAACACGUCUGAUGCCCUCCUUUUACAGAGGAGGAAACUGAGGCACAGGAAAUGACUCAUCCAAGUCUCACCACAAGUGGCAAAGCCAGGUGUCCACGUUUAAAGUCCAGAGAUUUCUCCACCGGACCACACUGCCUCUCAACCCCCAUGGAUCUGCUGACCCAGAUAAGGAGGGAGCCAAGAGCAGUGCAGUCCUCAGAAGAAUCUACCCCAAUGGGAAUACCACCAAUAGAUGGAGAGGGCACAUCAGGGGUGUCAACCCUGAAUGCAGAGCUGGUAGUAGCCCUUGGUCCAUCCUCCUCCCUCUUCCAUCUGAACCUUCCCACCGGAGGGACCUCAGAAACCUAGCCCAACCCCCUCAGUUUAAAAAUGAGUAAACUGAGGCCUAGAAAGUUUAAGCCACUUUCCUAGGUUCACACAGGGAGACAUCAUGAUCUGCACGUUAGAGAACGUGAGCCUCUCCGAGGUGCUUUUCUAAUAGAUGGGAAGCCUCGGUGGGUACCACUCUCGCCACUCAAAAGGGACCUCUUGCCAAAAGUCACACAGGGAGUCAGCAUCAAGGAAAGAACCGGGUUCUGGCCUAAACUCUCCACUAGAGCCCAAAGCUCUAGAAAAGCAGAGAUUAUAGAGGAAAAGGAGGGCAGGGAGGCGAUGGGCACCUCUCCCUCCCUUCCAAGCAGGGAGCCAAAGAACAGACCGAGCUACUCCCUCGAACCCUAAUCUAGGAGACAAAGGUUUGCAUGAAAGAUGGAUCCUGAGGGUUAUGUGUGCAGCCCACCCACUCUCCACUCAAGAGAGCUUGGGGAAGACUGCACGAAGGCUUAGUUAGCCAGGAUGCUCUCUCGCCUCUGUUAGCAUCUGUCUCUCUGCCGAGGGUCCUCCAGUCUGGCCCCUUUUCUCCCCCCUCCGUGUCCCUUUCCAGCAGGGGAGAGAAGAUAGGAAUGAGUCAGCAAAGACCCUUCAUCACAGAGCAAAAAAACCAUGGGACAGGUCCUAAAUCCCCUGGGGCCGAGCAGAGGAGGGAACAUGGGGCUGGGAGGGGAGGACGAAAGGAGGAACAUUUUUCAGAGAAUUAGAGUACGUUGGAGACACAACAGCAGGGCCUGGCUAUUAUCGUUCCCCCGACUGCCUGGCAAGAGCAGGGGGUACUCAGAAGAAUCCACUCCAUUGGGAACACCACCAAUAGGCCCAGGGCCCUGUGUCUGACAUGAAUGGACCUUCAAAGAGAACAAACAGAAAAACAGAACCACUUUCCAAACCUGGGUCCCUCCCCUCGGCUCCUUUUCCAGAACGGAGGCCCCCCGCUCUGCUCCCCAGCGGCCUUCGGGUGUCAGAUCUCUGCACAGCGAGGAGCCCCCCAACAUAGAACGGCUGAGCAGGAAGGUCUUGGGCUGCCUGCGUUUUACAGAAGACUAAACCGAGACCCAAAGGUGGCAGACUCUAGACCUGGCCUUCGCGCUCGCAGCCUUCUCCUGCCUCCUCUAAUGCUAGGCGCGGGGGCUCCAGGCUUGGGCUACGCGUGGGAAGUCUUCCCAGGGCCCUGGGGUUUUCCUCCCCACGUUUCCCAGCUUGCUCCGGGAGGGUCGGCAGCCUCGGGCCCUGGGCCAAGUUUCCUGCUCAUCGUCCCGGCUGAAGGAGAUGCUGCUGCAGAGGGAUGCUCCGGGUGCAGGAUGCGGAUGAAAUAUGAUCUGCGUCAAUGUCGCCACAACAUGUGAGCCCCCUCGGCUCUGUCUGGCUCCGCUCAGUUGUCUCCUUCGGCCCGAAGCGGAGCAGGGGGCAGGCAGGGAGUGACUUAUUUAUGGAGCAGCCGGAUGUGGCCCACGGUGGGCCCCGAGAGGAUGUUUGGGACCUCUCUUCCCUCAGACGAAGGGGUCCGCCAAUGGGCACCGCACCCCGGACACGCCCCCCAGGCUAGUGGCCAUCUAGCCCCCGAGUCCUGGACUCCCCUCAGAGCUGGGCCCGUCCUCGCUGCUUCUGCCAGCGGACUUCAAGCGUAGGCCUGGAGGAGCCCACAACCCCCCCCCCCAGGCAGCUCUGCCACCCUGUGUCUGCGUAGCUGGAGAAAGGACAGAAAUGGCACCUGAAUGGGGGCUGCCCAUGUUUCCUGGGGACCUCCGGGAUGGGCUUGACUUAGGGCAGUAUCUUCUCCUGUCCCCCAGCACCAUCCCACCCAUCACGGACCCGCUUUGUGCCCCGUCCCAUCCUCCACGAUGCCAGUUUGGAGACGAGGCACCCUGGGCCGCCUUCCUCCCCCAGUGUGGCUGGGGGGCAGGCCAGCCCUUGGCCCGGGGGGGUCCCAGGCUGACCGUGACCCUCUCCCUGGCUCCGUUUCUGCAAGCUGGUCCUCGUCAAUCAAGACACAGUCAGAUUUUCCAGUGACUUCUGAGGGCCCCGUGGGGGCCUCUCCUACCAAUGUCCAACCCCGGGGGCCAAGAACACACGGAUGCUGUGGCCUCCGUCGGUCUCAGCAACUCCUUGUGGCAUUCAAAGAACCUGCGACCCCCAACUGCCCUGCGGAGAGGGGAGGGAGGAUGAGGAUGCUCCAUCCCCUGGAAGAGGCACCCGACGCUGGAUGCUGCUGCUCUCCUCCUGCCGUGCCCUCCUUGUAAGGACCCCAAACCUUGUUUUUAUACUAAACUGUCGGGCUGACCUGACAGUUCCAGGGGAAACAGCCAGACACAUUGUAGUGGCGUUCACUAUAAAAAUGGUUAUUUCUUUAA